UGACCUCGCUUGGGACUAUCACCUUGUCCGAUGUCGUCUCCUUACGUAAUAGAGGUACCUAUCAGGGUAUCGGUAACUUAUUUUACGGUCUCGGUGCCGCCAGUGGUGGUGGUAUUGUCUCUGACAGAUGGGGAUAGAAGACCGUCUUCGUGCUCCAGGCACCGUGUGCUCUUGUGUCUGCCUGGGUCGUCUAUCGGUACAUGAACUUGCCAAUUGGCUCUCCUGGUUUGGGUGCCCAGGGCACAGAUGUGAAGAAGAAGUUUGCCCGUGUCGAUUUCUUGGGCUCCACCUUGAUGGUAUUGGCUGUCGGGUGUAUCAUGUUAGCCGCAGCCUUGGGUGGUCAGGAAAUCCCAUACAAGAGUGGACCAUUCGCCGCUCUUUUGGCCAGCUUUGUUGUGUUCUUAUCCUCCUUCGUCUAUGUUGAGCUCCACGUAUCUCCAGAACCAACUAUCCCGGUCAGAUUUUUGGCCGACAGAACUGUCUUGUGCUCUUCCUUGGCUAACUGGUUCUACUCCAUGGGCAUUUACGUUGUGUUCUACUAUGUGCCAAUAUUUUUUAGUUCGGUCAUCGGGUUAAACCCUACCCAGAAUGGUAUGCGAUCUAUUUCCAACUUCUUUGGGGGUGCUUCCGGUUCCAUUAUUACAGGGGUCUAUAUGCAGAAGACCGGUAAAUACUGGAGCUUUAGUGCCAUCAUCGGCUUUCUUUCUGUCAUCGGUGUCUUCUUCAUCACCCAGACCCCCUCAUUUAUCUGUUCUCAGGCAGUACCUUGUAAUUGUCUUACCUUCCUUCGGUUAUUCCUCAAUUUUGACUGUCACCUUGCUUGCAUUGAUUUCUGCAGUUCCAGUCACUCACCAAGCUGCCACUACCUCCAUCCAGUACGCUUUUAGAUCCACCGGCUCCACUUUAGGUGUUUCAGUCGCUUCUGCGAUUUUCCAGCAGCUUCUCUCUAAGAAGUUGGCCAGCAGUUUUGACGAUAUCGUCAAGGC